UUUUUUUAAUGUAUAAUGAAGGAAUUCUGUUUUGUUCGUGUGACUUUUUUGGGUUUUUUCCCCUCCUGACUAGCAAUCUGUUGGGCACUUUUUUGCCUUUUCAGUACUUCAGGCCAGGCUAGGUCUGUUCUGAUUAAUGCCUUUGCUUUCUUUGCUGACACUUAGCCUUUGGAGCAGGUCUUGCAGGAUUACUCUGAACAUCUUGUGCUGAGUUUAAAAGUCAUCUGGAGUCUGCUUCUCCUCAGUACUACAGAAGCUUCCAUCUGCCUCUUAUUUUCUUAGCCUCACAUGCUGUCUUAUGUGCAUACAAAAUGCUUCAUGAGGACUGCAUGCUUCUCUCUUAUGUCCUCCUGCUCUUACAGUCCAGUUGAUGAUCCUUGAGAGUCCCUUUCAACUCAGAAUAUUCUGUGAACCUGUAAAAAUGUUACACAUUCUCAUGACUUUAGAUGCAUGUGAGGUGUGCAGUGUCACCUUUCCACCACCCAAAGAAGCUUUUCCAGUGUGCUGUGUAUAGGCAGUAUGACAGAAUGCCGGGACUAAGCUGUAGAUUCUACCAACAUAAAUUCCCCGAGGUGGAAGAUGUGGUGAUGGUCAACGUCCGCUCCAUUGCUGAAAUGGGAGCCUAUGUCAGCCUGCUGGAGUACAACAACAUCGAAGGCAUGAUCCUCCUCAGUGAGCUGUCCAGGAGACGUAUUCGGUCCAUAAACAAACUCAUCCGCAUCGGCAGGAACGAAUGCGUCGUGGUCAUAAGAGUUGACAAAGAGAAAGGUUAUAUUGAUUUGUCAAAAAGAAGAGUUUCCCCAGAGGAGGCAAUCAAAUGUGAAGACAAAUUCACAAAAUCAAAGACUGUUUACAGCAUCCUUCGCCACGUUGCUGAAGUCUUGGAGUACACUAAGGAUGAGCAGCUAGAGAGCCUGUUCCAGAGAACUGCCUGGGUGUUUGAUGACAAGUACAAAAGACCUGGAUAUGGUGCUUAUGAUGCAUUCAAGCAUGCAGUCUCAGACCCUGCAAUCCUGGAUAGCCUGGAUCUGACAGAGGAAGAGAGGCGUGUAUUGAUUGACAAUAUUAACAGACGUCUGACACCACAGGCAGUCAAAAUCCGAGCUGAUAUUGAAGUGGCCUGUUAUGGUUAUGAAGGCAUAGAUGCAGUAAAAGAAGCUUUGAGAGCAGGCUUGAACUGUUCCACGGAGAACAUGCCCAUCAAAAUUAAUCUGAUAGCCCCUCCUCGUUAUGUGAUGACUACUACAACACUGGAGAGAACUGAAGGACUGUCUGUUCUGAAUCAAGCCAUGGCUGUAAUUAAAGAAAAAAUUGAGGAGAAGAGAGGAGUCUUUAAUGUGCAGAUGGAGCCUAAGGUGGUCACUGACACAGACGAGACGGAGCUUGCAAGGCAGUUGGAAAGACUGGAGAGGGAAAAUGCUGAAGUGGAUGGGGAUGAUGAUGCCGAGGAAAUGGAAGCCAAAACAGAAGACUAAAUGUUCUGGGAUACUUAGAAAAGAGACCAUGUGAAAAAUUAGAAACCCCAUUGCAAACACUCUGGACUAAAUGAUUCCAGUAUUGAAAACUUCAAAAGCAAAUAUAUGAAGUGUUUUCCUGUUUUAAAAAGACCAAAAUGUAAAAGGCUCUUCUAAAUAACAUUUGAUGCAGCAACUGACACAAAGUGAACCCUUUGAAAGGAAGGUGCCUAGUCAAAUUCAAGACACAGAUCUGGCCAGACGGAGUUUGCAGCUCCAUACUUAACACUUUCAUACAUAACAAUUCCUAAUUGGUGAUUACAGCUCAGUGCAUCUGUUCAUGAUCUUUCCUGGGAGCAGCAAAACCAAGCAAGUGGAACAGUUCUAUACAGAAUGUAUUUGAGCAAAUAUUCAAUAAAUUUCUGGGCUAUGUAA